UUUCAACCUUAGGACGUUAUGCCUCAUAUGCCGGACCAACAACAACAACAACACCAACAAAAAUAAAACAAAAAAUGAAUUAGACGCCUAGCAGUGGAAAGUUUACUUCUAAGUAAAGGAGACAAUGAGUAAACCUCUAAAGAGGAAAAGAACCAUUAUAGAUUACUUCAGCUGUCAAGAUAUACCAACGAAAACAAACACUGCAAGAACCACUAGAAGGACAAUGGCUUCAUCAGAGGGAAAGUCUGCCACUGCUUCUGCUGGAACCUCGUCCGGAAACGUGCCCGUGUUACUGGAAUCUGAUACCUCAGACCAGGAGGCUGCAGUCGGUGAGGAGGAGGAGGACCAGGCAGUUGAGCUCAAGAAGGACCCUCGCAUACCCCAGAAGAAACCCAGCAAGAUGUCCUCUAACAGCCAAUCCUGGAAGGGUAUUCCCUUGAAGACUCUAUGUACGCUGAUGGAAAACAAAGCUCCUAAAGGGCCCCUUAAACCUACAGAGAGGCAUAAAGUGCUGUUCAAAACUCCAUACCAGUACGACCCCAAGUCUCCUCCAAAAGUUUACCCAAACUACGUAGAUAAAUGGGACCAGUAUCACGUGCGCAUGCCCUGCUCCAACCAGAAUGAAUACCCUGUCAAUGGGAAGUUACGGCGGCGCUGGGACAUGAUACAAGAAGUGCUGUUGGGGGACAUUCCUGGACCAUAUGAAUUUAACGAGAAGGUGCUGUCCUACAAUAGUCGGUACAUGGGCAAAUGGGAGUUUUCUGUCUUAACUUCUUUCGUAAAAGAUUUUAUACAGAAAGAGGAAAGACUGGCAUUCUUCGCGCGUGGCGGAACCUUGAGCAAGAUAGCCCGUCUGGCCCUACAGCUGCCACACCUUUGUCCAACACCGAUACCACUGUUGAAGGAGAAGACGAACCUGAGUUUGACACUGAGCCAGCAGCAGGUCGGCUGUCUCCUCGCUAACGCUUUCUUCUGCACAUUCCCCCGCAGGAAUGCCAAAAACAAAACAUCAGAGUUUUCCAAAUAUCCAGGGAUCAACUUCAACACGCUGUUCAUGGGUCCACCUACAUCCAUCAAGUUUGAGAAGAUAAAAUGUCUGGUGAACUAUUUUAACAGAUUCUUCAAGGAAACCCCAACUGGUACAGUGACAUUUACCCGGCAGUAUAUAGACAAGAUGCCAGACUGGGAACGGGAUGGGAAACAGCUAAGUGCCCUCCAUGUCUCCUCAGAGGGAACAAUUGAGGAUGAUGGAGUUGGCAUGCUACAGGUGGACUUUGCCAACCAGUUUCUUGGUGGGGGCGUGCUGGGUAACGGAUGUGUUCAGGAGGAGAUCCGCUUCCUCAUCUGCCCUGAGAUGCUGGUGACUCGUCUGUUUACAGAGUGCCUCGGGAGGAACGAGUGCCUCAUCAUGACAGGCUGUGAGAGGUUCAGUGACUAUGAUGGCUAUGCCAGCACAUUUGAAUGGAAAUCUGACUACAUGGAUAAAACUCCAAGAGAUGCAUGGGGCCGUAUACAGUGUGAGGUGGUGGCUAUUGAUGCCCUCGUUAUACACGACCACAAGUCUCAGUUCCGCUUGGAAAUGGUCAAACGAGAGCUCAGCAAGGCCUACUGUGGUUUUCUAAGCCCGGGUCCUGCUGACCGGGCUCUCCCUGCCGUGUGCACAGGCAACUGGGGCUGUGGGGCCUUUGGUGGUGACAAACAACUUAAAGCCCUGAUACAGUUGAUGGCAGGGGCGAGGGCCGGCCGUGAUUUGUGCUACUUCACGUUUGAUGAUUUGCAAUUACGAGAUGAUCUCUACGAAAUACACAAGUACCUGACUUCAGAAAACAUGCUCACCAUAGGUGACCUGGUUGGUCAGAUUGUGGACUAUGGGAAGGAUUGUGUUGCCCAGAUCAGGCACAGCUCACAUAAUGACCAGGAGCUCUUUGAAUUCAUUAAACUUGGGCUUGUUAAAAGAGACUAUUCACAACUUUCCUUAGAUGGAAACAGCAAUAAUGUUCAAUUACCACAAAAUACUCGCCACCCCAAUAAACCUUUGAGUUACCCCGGGAGUGGGUCUGACCAGAUUGGUGGGCAUGACCAGGGACAGGUGCAAGGGCGAAGGCAUAAAAAUGACGGUCAGGUGGCCGGCAGAAGGCAUGGAUCUACAAGCAGUUACCGUAGUCAGACUAAAGGCCAAGGAUCUGGUCAUGAAUCAUUUUCUGGGCAAGGACACAGAUUAGGUGGAAAUAAGAAUGCUUCAUAUGCUGAGACGGUAACAGGCAAGCACAAGGAACAAGGCCAGUCACCAGGCAAAGAUCGGAAUGACUCUGUGGCGGGGGCUUUGGACUGGGGCCACACACCAGACGUUGGGCAUACAGAUACUAGUACCCCCCAUAAACAAGGGGAAAGUGAUAAAACAUUAAGUCAGACAAUCUGAUUACGACGAGAAGAGACAAAAAAAAUUCAAAGAUGUCUGGUUCUAAAGAAUAUCUUUUUGGUCUUAAGUGUUUAAUCAUCUUAUGAUGUUGUUUUCAGUGGUUCUAAAUCCCUGGAUUAAGUACCUUUAAAUGAAUAUAAAUUACUUGGGAAACAUUUCAAAAGUGGUCUAGGCCUGGGAGGCAUCCAUCAUGCUCAAACUGACCCUCGCUAUAUUUCAGACUUGACAAAAGUCAGCCUACCCUAGAACCUUUGUUGUUUUUUUCUUGUUUAUGUAAUAAGUGAUUAAGUUAAGUUGGAUAUGUGCCAUUUAUAUAGGACAGUAAACAGAAAGAUAUGUAUUAUUGAAAUGCAAUUAAGCUAGUAUUACACAGUGAAAUACUUUUUGUACCUAGUGGUUGGUUUAUGUACAAUGCAGUGUAUGGAUGAUGUGAUCAGUCUGAUUUGUCUGUGAUAGAGGACAUCUAAGUUUUGAAGCCGGUGUGCAUGAAUGAAACAAAUAGCUUUAAGACUAAUGGUUCAUGAGUCACUCUUUUUAAACAAUAUGUUGUACUUCGUCUGUACAUGUGAAAUAUGUGAUGGUCAAAAGAAAGGUUUUAAUGAUUAUGGAAUUGUGUUCAAUAUAAAACCAUCAAAUGGAUAUCUGUUAUUAAUGAUGAAUCAUGUUAAUGUAUGAGCAAACUUGUUUGACUGCUUAUAAAAUUGACCUGUCUAUUGGUUAGUUUUAUUUCUUAGCGAUUAUAAUAAAGUUCAAAAAUUAAAAAAUGGCGUCAUUUGUAUACAUUUAAUUUAGAUUAAGAGGUAAAAUGCCAAACUGUAUCGUUUAAGUCAAUAU